AGAGGAACGUAUGUAGACCCAAGACUUGUAAACUAUAUAGCAAUGUGGGCUUCUCCAAAAUAUUGUAUAGCAGUUGGAAAAAUUUUGGACUCCAUAGACAAGAAAGUUCAUGAGAAAUUAGAUGAAGAAGAACUUGAAGAUACAGUAGAGAAUGCUAAACCUUUGUUCGAAGAAGAAGUUAGAAAAAUGCAUGAAAAACAAAUAGAACAUGAACGUGAGAUAUGUUCUGGUUAUAGGGACUCUCCAUACGAACUAGACCAAUGGGAACAAGAAGAUUUAAAGAGAGAAUUUAGAGAAUAUGAACUCGCUAAAAUUUCAUUAGAAGCUGCAGAAAAGAAGUUAAAAGUUUGGGGUCGUUUUGUACAAAAAUAUUGUGAGUAA